GGGCCAGCCCCCUUGGGGGCUGAUGGCCGGAGGACUGCUGAAUCAGUACUGGGUGCUGAGUUUGCUCUAUGUGCUGCUGAUGGUCGAGACAGUGUCUGGGGCGAGGAGCCCAGCUACAGGGGCCUACAUUAGCCCCCAGUUUCCAGCCUCAGGUGUGAACCUGAUCCCCGUGGUAGAUUGUCGAGAGGUGUGUGGCCUGAAUGCCUCUGACCGCUGUGGCUUCAUCCGGACCAACCCUGACUGCCGCAGCGACGGGGGCUACCUGGACUACCUCGAGGGCAUCUUCUGCCACUUCCCACCCAGCCUCCUGCCUCUGGCCAUCACCCUCUACGCUUUCUGGCUGCUUUACCUGUUCCUGAUUCUGGGAGUCACUGCAGCGAAGUUCUUCUGCCCUAACUUGUCAGCCAUUUCCACCACACUCAAGCUUUCCCACAAUGUGGCAGGCGUCACCUUCCUGGCCUUUGGGAACGGCGCACCGGAUAUCUUCAGCGCCAUGGUGGCCUUCUCUGACCCGCGGACAGCCGGCCUGGCCCUUGGGGCACUGUUUGGCGCUGGUGUGCUGGUCACCACUGUGGUGGCCGGUGGCAUCGCCAUCCUGCGCCCCUUCACAGUGGCCUCGAGGCCCUUCCUCAGAGACAUCAUCUUCUACAUGGUGGCUGUGUUCCUGACCUUCACCGCACUCUACCGUGGCAAGGUCACGCUGGCCUGGGCCUUGGGUUACCUGGGCUUCUACGUGUUCUAUGUGGUCACCGUGGUUCUCUGCACCUGGAUCUACCAGUGGCAGCAGAGGAGAUCCUUGGUCUACUCCAUGCCUGCGACUCCAGAGAUGCUCUCAGACUCUGAGGAGGAUCCGGUGUCGUCUCAUACCAGCAGCUAUGACUACAGUGAAGAGUACCGGCUGCUGCUUGAUCACGAGACCACGGCUCAGAUCCUGCUGCGGGCCCUCAACCCCCUGGAUUCCAGGACGUGGAGGAACAAGUCAGUGUACUGGAGGGCCCUCAAGGUGUUCAAGCUGCCCGUGGAGUUCCUGCUGCUCCUCACUGUCCCCGUCGUGGACCCUGACAAGGAUGAUGGGAACUGGAAACGGCCCCUCAAUUGCCUGCACUUGGUCAUCAGCCCUCUGUUCCUGGUCCUGACCCUGCAGUCAGGGGCCUAUGGCGUCUACGAGAUAGGUGGCCUCUUUCCUGUCUGGGCCGUGGUGGUGAUUGCGGGCACAGCCUUGGCUGCAGUGACCUUUUUUGCCACAUCCAACAGCGAGCCCCCCAGACUUCACUGGCUCUUUGCUUUCCUGGGCUUCCUGACCAGCGCCCUGUGGAUCAACGCAGCCGCCACAGAGGUGGUGAACAUCUUACGGUCCCUGGGUGUGGUCUUCCGGCUCAGCAACACUGUCCUGGGGCUCACGCUGAUGGCCUGGGGGAACAGCAUUGGAGACGCCUUCUCAGACUUCACGCUGGCCCGCCAGGGCUACCCGCGGAUGGCGUUCUCUGCCUGUUUCGGUGGCAUCAUCUUCAACAUCCUGGUGGGAGUGGGGCUGGGCUGCCUGCUCCAGAUCUCCAGGGGCCACGCGGAGGUGAAGCUGGAGCCGGAUGGCCUGUUGGUGUGGGUCUUGGCCGGCACCCUGGGCCUCAGCCUCGUCUGUUCCCUGGUCUCGGUCCCACUGCAGUGCUUCCAGCUGAACAAAGUCUACGGCUGCUGCCUGCUCCUCUUCUACCUGACUUUCCUCGUGGUGGCCCUGCUCACAGAAUUUGGAGUGAUUCACUUGAAAAGUGUGUGAAUGAAGCCGUGUCUGGGUCCGCCUGGUGGUCGGGAGGCGUCACUGCAGGCGGUGAGACGGAGGAUGGAAGACGGCCUGCCUUCUGUUCCCGUGUGCAUGGCGGGGACGGGAGGUGGGCUCUGCGGGGCUGUGCCCUCUGCCAAAGUGUCCCUGUCACUGCUGUGUAGAGCGAGGAGGACUCAACCUCAUUUCUGGGACUGUGGAGACUGGGUUUCCUUGUGACAGUUCCAGACAGAAGGUAGAAGGCUUCCUUGCAUUAUCUCCAGAGCUUCUUCAAAGUUGGGGUCUGGGGUUAGGGGAUGCUUGUCUGGGUGCCUUCCGGGCUGGUGUUGGAAGACCCCAAAGUGUUCAGGGCUGGAGGCCCCGGCCUCUCCCCGUAGUCGCCCCCUGCUGCCUUCCUGCGUCUUCUCAGGGCUCAAAGGGCUGCCAAACCCGAGUUUAAGGAGUCAGGGCAACUUGGACCCAACAGACAGAGCACCAGGUACGCUGUGGGCCUCGGGCCAAUGCGGGCUGAGUUCUAGAGCUGCGCCAUCCGACAGAAAUAGAAUGUGAGACACCCAGUUUUGAAUAUUCUAGCUGCUAUAUUACUAAAGCCAGAAGAAAAAGGUAAAAUGCACGAUAAUAUAUAUUGUUCCAGCAGCACUGGCCCGUUGGUGGCUGACAUAUUGGAUGGCCCAGCGCAAGACGCUGCCCCUAGGACCGUCUGUGGGCUUCAGAGGUUCCCCGGCUGCAAAACAGGAGGCAGUUUGACUGUGCCCUGUGCCUACCUCACGGGGAGCCCUGGCUGGGGUCCCAGUGCCUGCAAGCCCCCGGGAGGGUGAUAAGGGCUCCCUAGCGCCAUCCUGCUGUCAGCCAGUGACCUGCCCUUUCACUAAGCAGCUCUCCCAUUUGCUCGAUGCCUUAUGCCGGCAGUAAAGGGAUUUAACUGUCUUUUUUUUUUUCCAAUGAAAAAAUUAUUAAAUAUUUCAAGUGUACGGAAAAUAA